CAAUCCAAAUAAAAACUUUUCACCGAGUCACGAGUGAGAAAGGCUUUGACAGAGCACGAUGGAAAUCUGCUUCCCCUGCCCGUACGAACCGCUGCUUAAUUGACCGGGUAUUUUAUUUUUAUCCUGAAAGCCUAGGGUUUUACGAAAGAAGACUUCACAGAUACGCCCAUAUUCACAUUAUAUCUUUUAUUUUGAUCACGGUGGCAACUAUUGCAAGUGUUUUCAAGGAAUUUUAUCGUCUAGAAAUCGAUUGAUCUCUACUCUGCGCUAUUGCCGUUUUGACGAAAAGGAAGCGAGAAGUGAAGAACGAAAAAUAGAAAGAAACAAUGGCUGACUUCGACGGGAGGUAUGAUGGAAAUGGUGAGAAUUACGACGAUUAUCCCAAACAAGACUCGCCUUACGAUGUUUUCGAAGACAAGGACAUUCAGCGCCAGCAUUCCUCACGUGAUUCAGAAAGAGAAAGGGCAAAGAGCAAAGAGAAAGACCGGGAGAGGGAUAGAGACAGGGAUAAGGACAGGGACAGGGAACGGCAUAGGGACCACUACAGGGACCGUGUUGAGAGGGAAGACAGAGGUAGAGGGCGAACUGAGGAUCGUGAGCGCCACAGGAGUCAUGAUUACGAUAGGCAUCGCGAUCAUGACCGUGAUAGAGAACGGAGACAUAGACAUAGAUCACAUUCUCGCUCAAGGGGAAAGUCAAGACAUCGAUCCAAGUCCCGUUCCCGCUCACGCUCGCGCUCCAAAAGCAAACGAACAAGUGGUUUUGACAUGGCACCUCCUGGUGCUGCAACCAUGAUGACCGGGUCAGCUUUGGCAGGUCAAACUGCAGGAAUAUCACAGCCUGUGCCGGGAAUGUUUCCUAACAUGUUUCCAUUUGGGAACACUCAGUUUGGAGGUCUCCCUGUAAUGCCUGUACAAGCAAUGACACAGCAGGCCACUCGGCAUGCAAGGCGUGUAUAUGUUGGUGGGCUUCCUCCAAUGGCUAAUGAGCAGACUAUAGCCACAUAUUUUAGUCGGGUUAUGGCUGCCAUUGGAGGAAAUACUGCAGGGCCAGGUGAUGCAGUUGUAAAUGUCUAUAUUAACCAUGAAAAGAAGUUUGCUUUUGUGGAGAUGCGCACGGUUGAAGAAGCUAGCAACGCUAUGGCCCUGGAUGGCAUCAUGUUUGAGAGUGUUUCUGUACGCGUGAGGAGGCCAAGUGACUACAAUCCCUCCUUGGCAGCAGCACUGGGUCCAAGCCAACCCAGUCCCCACCUUAAUCUGGCUGCUGUUGGUCUGACACCGGGUACUGUUGGGGGAGCUGAAGGGCCUGAUCGUAUUUUUGUUGGUGGCUUGCCAUAUUACUUUACAGAACCACAAAUACGGGAGCUGUUGGAAUCUUUUGGGCCACUUCGAGGAUUUGAUCUUGUUAAAGAUAGAGAUACUGGCAAUUCAAAAGGUUAUGGGUUUUGCGUCUACCAGGAUCCAGCCGUGACAGACAUUGCAUGUGCUGCCCUAAAUGGACUUAAAAUGGGAGAUAAAACUUUGACUGUUCGCCGUGCUACAGCCAGCAGUGGUCAACCAAAACCAGACCAAGAGAAUGUCUUAGCCCAGGCUCAACAACACAUAGCUUUACAGAAGCUUGUACUUCAAGUUGGGGCUUUUGGACCUCCAGAAAUACCUACAAAAGUUGUUUGCUUGACACAGGUGGUGUCACCUGAUGAGCUGAGGGAUGACGAUGAAUUUGAAGAAAUAUUGGAAGAUAUGAGAGAAGAAUGUGGGAAACAUGGAUCUGUGGUCAAUCUUGUAAUUCCACGGCCUGAACCAAGUGGUCAAUCUACCCCAGGUGUUGGGAAGGUCUUUGUUGAAUACUCGGAUACUGAUGGUUCUGCGAAAGCCAAAACUUCACUGAAUGGAAGGAAGUUUGGUGGCAAUAUUGUUGUGGCAGUAUACUAUCCAGAAGACAAAUUUUCAAGGGGCGAGUACGAAUAAUGAGAAUAGAAAUAAAUAUUAUAUUUGUCAAAUAUUGAUUAUAAUUUAUUCUGACCAUCUCUUUCUGCACACCAUAAAAAUGUUACUUUCACAUUGUAUAUUAUAAUUCUGAUGAGAAAAUGCCGUGGAAAGCAGUUUUGUAUAUUGGAUCGUCAACGAUUCAUAGAAGUUUAUACGCUAUAUGUAUGCCAGUUUCUAACACCCAUUUUAUUUCUCUAGUAAACUGAUAGGUUACCAUUAUUUAUGUUGAGGAUACUAGGGCUGAUUUUGCCAUUUUAGAAUUUGACUGAACAGGGCUCUGUUCGAUCUUAUUAUUUGUAUUUUCAUGUACGUAGCUUACUUUGAUUACUCUUAAUAGAAACAAACCCUUAGCGUAGUUUACUUA